UCUUCUCAUUUGUUGCGGUAAUUACGUUACUCUCGUGAAUGGCAAGUCGGCUGUAAUGUGUUUGGAUGGAUAUGUGGAUACAAUUGAACUAAACUAUAAAUUAUAGUACCCGAUCAACAACCGAUUAUUGAAUAUCAUCUGAGACGUUAUAUAACUGCCAUACCAGAGUCUGCAUACAUACAUACAUAUCCUCUUCUGAUUUUCUACUGGACAGUUGGGCUUCAGCUGAGCUGGACAAGUCCUGAUCGAAAGUCUAAUGUCUAAGGAGCGGAUUAGAAGUAAACAACCUAUGCAGAUAUUCUACGCCCGACUCUGCCUGAAUUUUCUUCUCAUUUGGAGCGGUAAUUUAGUUACCCUUGUGAAUGGCAAGCCGGCUGUAACGUUCUUGGAUGGAUAUGUAGACACAAUUGACCGCGACUAUAUAGUACCCUAUCAACAACCGAUUACCGACUAUCAUCUGAGUCGUUUGCGUCGUGGGUACUACUACGUCGAAGACGGUUUUAUAACUGCUAUACCAGAGUCUUUAUUAUACGCCAAUAGACGUGUGGAUACCGUGUCAUCUAACGGUGUUGCCGCUACUACGAAUGGUGCUAAGAACAAACGAACGCAUGGCAAGCGCAAGAAGUUGUUUGUGCCAAAUUUAUUCGGCUGAGAAGAGAAUGAGUGAAAGAAGCAAGGAGAGAGAGAGAGUAACCAGUAUGAAGAUAAAUAUAAUUGGGUUUAUUGCACUUCGUUGAGAAUAAUUGACGCCAAUAGUGGAUUUUGCUUGUGGCAAUACAUUCUCGGCACAUUGAGAUGAUAGACUGAUGUAUUUUUUAAUAGCUUUGUAAUUUAACUUUAAAAUCGUAUGCACCUGAUUGUAUUAAGUUCAUUUAUUCCUAUAAAUAAUAAAACUAUUAGCAAUACUAUUAUUACUAUAUACUAUACAUAUAUGUAUAUAAAAUAUACAAUAGUCGUCGAUAUUAUAAGUACAUAUAUAUGUGAAGCCAUAUUUUCAAUGUGUGACUUUUUUAAGGACCACAUUUACUUUAAAAAUA